AUGCCUGGGAGGAAGCUGAGAGUCGCCAUCGCUGGACUGGGCCGCAUGGGCGCCCGCCACGCGCUCCAUUUCUACAACUUGACACCAAGAGCGGAGGUGGUGGCCGUGACCUCGCCAGAACCCAAAGAAUUGGAAUGGGCCGCCCGGACUCUGGGAGACGCCAGGAGAUAUUCUGACUACGAUGAGCUGCUGAGGGAGGAGAAAGACUUGGAUGCAAUUGUGAUCGCUUCCGCAACCAUUGUUCAUGCUGAACAGGCGAUCAAGGCGAUCAACCUGGGGCUCCAUGUCCUCUGCGAGAAACCUCUCAGUACGAGUCCCGAGGUGUCACAAACGGUACUCUCGGCUUAUCAAGAGUCGAAAAAAAAGUAUCCCAACCAGAAGGUCAUUUGCGGUUUUUCACGCCGAUUUGAUGCUUCUUACAGGGAUGCCUAUCAGAAGACGCGCUCAGGGGCGAUCGGUCAACCGGCCGUGAUUCGCUCUCAGACCUGUGACAAACUCGACCCGUCCGGGUUCUUUGUGGAGUAUGCUCAGUUCUCAGGAGGCAUCUUUGUGGAUUGUUCCAUCCAUGACAUUGAUCUUGCUCUGUGGUUUUUCGGAGAGGAUUCGGUGGUCAAGUCUGUCAGCGCGGUGGGAAUCACCGCUGUCUCUCCUGAGCUGAGGAAGCACAACGACCGGGACAACGCAGUGGGGAUCAUCGAAUUCUAUGGCGGAAAGAUUGUUCAGCUGUUCUGUAGCCGCAUGAUGGCUGCUGGGCAAGACGACUGCACUGAAAUCACCGGCACCAAGGGAAAGGUUUCGGUCAACGCUCAGCCGACGGGAACUCUCGUCAACAUCUAUGAACCGUCGGGGGUUCGUCGUGAGAUUCCACAAGACUAUUAUGGCCGGUUCCGGGAAGCCUUCAUCACUGAGGCCAAUGAAUUCACCGCCUGCUGCCUCGACAAUACGGAGCCUCCGUUGCGGCUGGAGGGUGCCGUGGCUGCAGUCAAGAUUGGCGCCGCCUUGCAAGAGAGUCUCAUUACAGGCAAGAAGAUUGAAUUCAACGAGAGCGGCGAACGGAUAGGCAGUGCCGCAGUUCAGGGCAAGGCGCCUGCACCACUGACUGCGAGACUGUGA